AUGAGAGUUCUCGUGCUCACCGUCUCUGCUAUCCUACAUGCUGCACUCGUGAAGUCUGAUUGUGACCCAUCUAAGCGUCCACAACUACCACAAGAAGCCAGCGAUAUGCUGAAGAGGGCCAUACGCUUGGAUGGUGUUCCGACCGAUCAACAGAUCGCCAAAGCUCCUAAUUGUCAACGAGUUAAGCGUCUGCUGAACGAGACUACCUUCUCGUAUCUCUUUCCGUUGGCUAAUCAAGGUAAAGGCAUGGGUAAAGGACCUUACACCUACAAGAAUUUCCUCAAAGCUGUGGCGAAGUGGCCGAAGUUCUGUGAUGAUGGCGGACCGAAUAACGCUGAUAAAGAUAAGGUUUGCUUGAGAGAAUUGAGCACUAUGUUCGCCCACUUUGUCCAAGAGGUUGGUGCCCAUAACCCAAGCAGUAAAUAUCCUUCAUGGCGACAGGGCCUAUAUUUCUUCAGGGAGGUCAAUCGUGGCUCAAGGUACUGCGCCACAUCUCCCAAGUGGGUACAAAAAAGGUUUCCUUGCUCUGAUGGUCAAUCGUACUUCGGUCGUGGCGCAGCCCAAAUCAGUUGGAACUACAACUACGGUCCCUUCUCAGUGGCCAUAUACAAUGACCCCAAAAAACUGCUUACUAAUCCAGAUGGCGUGAUCACCAACGAAGAUGGUUGGCUGAGCUUUGCCAGUGCUAUCUGGUUUGAUAUGACGCCACAGACUCCUAAGCCGUCUAUUCAUGAUGUGGUUACCGACUGGUGGAAGCCCAACAACGAUGAUAAAGCUGGAAGCAGACGUCCAGGUUUUGGCACAACUAUCAUGAUAACUAAUGGGAUUGAAUGUGGUCAUUCGAGUCAACAAGCAGCGAAUCGUGUGGAGUACUACAAGGGAUUCUGCAA